ACCAGUUGACGGCGAGCCGUGCGAGCAGUCGGUCGUGUUGUUGUCGCAAAGGGCAGCUAAGAACUGACUAACAGACGCCCAGUGGAAUCUGUCUUAUGAUCAGCAUCAUUAUCACAGUGAAUAGCAGCUGCCAAACCUAAGCAGAAUUAUUAACACAAAUUGAAACAGUUUUGACUGGAGUUAAGUGCGCGUCCAAACAAGAGAAAAUAAAUAAUCAAGAAAGGGAUUUCAUUGUUGUGCUCAACUGGGGUUGACCAGCCUGAAGGAUAUGCCGCAUUAUCCUGCCAAAACAAAAAUAUAAACACUCAAGUCGCAGCACGCCGCCGCCCUAGUCGCCAAAGUUACGUGCAUUAUUUUAUUGUCCCCUUUUGCCCUGUGUGUAACAGUGUGUGUGUGUGCCGUCGCCGUCGUCGUCUGUGUGUCACCACGUUGCGGUCUCCACGUAGCCUAACCACCCGCCGCUCGAACUGUUCCCGCUCCGGUACGCUCUGUUUGUAGUUUAUGCGGUUUGCGACCAACUAACGCGCGACCCCCGCUCAAACCCUUUUUGCUUGUGUGUCGGUGUCCGUGCCCGUGCCCGUGUCCGUGUCUGUGUGUGUGCGUGUGUGUGUCGCUGCUACUGGCAAGUGGCCGCCUCUGUUGCAUGGCAACACUUGGCUAAUCGAUGAGGUGCCGAAAAACGCCAGACACACACACUCAAGCGGCCAGCUAAACAAGGAUAUCACAAGGAUAAUGACCUAAACCGAUACGGUAGCUGGCAAAUCGAAAACAUGCAAAAUUAAAUUGCAGCUGCAAAAAUGUGAACAGUCAUUGGGGCGAGGGAAGAAGUCGAGCAAUAGCAAAACGAAACGAAUACAAACUAUAUAACCAUACAAUAAUACAUAAAAAUAAUAGUAAAAUAAUAAUAAGGAGAAUAACAAGAAGAAGCAGAAAAACGACGGACAGUGUAGUCUCCGUCAGUGAAAUGCGAUGCCCGGCAGACGCCACAGACGGCAAAUGCAAUAGAAUGGGAAGCAAUCAAAAAGAAAAUAACAUAAAGUGAAUAGAAUAGUUAAACAAUUGCUACAGCAAACAAUGCAAACUAAUAAAGCACCUAAAAGGAUUCAAAUUGCAGUUGAGCGCAACGGCAAAGGGCAAAUAAAACAGCAGCAACAAUCGAACGUGCCACGGGGCGUAUGAUUGAUACGAGAAAGCAACAACAACAACAACAAAAUAAAAAACAAAACAAAAUUACUGUAACUAAAUGCUAAACGCCAUGGAACGUGAAAUGUGCCGAAGGCGUGAUCUUAUUGCUAAUAAAUGCAUUAAAUAUGCCAAAGCAAUACCAACAGCAACGGCAGCAAUUGCUGCAGCGAAUGCGACAACAGCAACAACAACGCCGCUAACGGCCAAUGGAGCAACCACCACUGUGGUGCUCAGCAGCUCAGCCACGAAACCAUUAACGGACAUGCAACGAAACCACCUGCUAAAGAUGCCAACUACAACAGCAACAGCAACAACAACAACAGCAACAGCAACAACGACAGCAAACAAAACACUCGAAUUACCAACAGCAGCAACAACAACAACAACAACAACUGCAACAAAAAGCCUUGGCAGGACAUUAAGAACAUUGGCACACAGCUGGCCACAGUCUGGACUCCUGUUGACGCUCUGCCUGAGCCUCAGUCUGGUGUGCAGCAGCCAAGCGGGCUUCGCUUGCCUCAGCAAUCCGUGUGUAUUCGGCGUCUGCAUCGAUGGCCUGAACAGCUCGUAUUCGUGUUACUGCAUUGACGGCUACACAGGGAUCCAGUGCCAAACGAAUUGGGACGAAUGCUGGUCGGGCCCCUGUCAAAACGGCGGCACAUGUGUGGACGGUGUUGCCUACUACAACUGUACGUGUCCGGAAGGAUUUUCUGGCUCAAAUUGUGAGGAAAAUGUGGACGAAUGCAUGUCAAAUCCAUGUCAAAAUGGCGGACUUUGCCGUGACCGUAACAAUGGCUACACCUGCACCUGCCAGCCCGGCUAUCUGGGGGAUCACUGUGAACUGGAUGUGGCCGUCUGCGACACGGGCACUGGAGCCCGUUGCCAGCACGGCGGCGAGUGCAUUGAGGGCCGCGGCUUGGAGUUUAGCUGCCAGUGCUCGGCGGGCUGGCAUGGCCGCAUCUGUCAGGAGGAGAUCAAUGAAUGCGCCUCCUCGCCCUGCCAGAACGGCGGCGUCUGUGUGGACAAAUUGGCCGCCUAUGCCUGCGCCUGCCCCAUGGGCUAUACGGGCGUCAACUGCGAGGAGGAGAUACUCAUUUGUGCGGACAAUCCAUGCCAGAACAAUGCCCUCUGCCUCAUGGAGGAGAAUGUGCCCACAUGCUACUGCGUGCCAGAUUAUCACGGCGAGAAGUGCGAAUUCCAAUACGACGAGUGUCAGCUGGGACCGCGCUGCAUGAACGGAGGCGUUUGCAUUGACGGCGUCGAUACCUUCUCCUGCUCCUGCCCGCCGCUGCUGACGGGCAUGCUGUGCGAAUGCCUGAUGGUGGGUGAGGAAUCGCUCGAUUGCAACUAUACUGCACCGGCGACAGCUGCACCACCGGCGGUGUCCGUAACACCGUCGGUGCCGGCCUCCUCUACUUUAGCACCGCCCACUGUGCGACCGGUUACACCACCAGAAACGACCAUGGCCCCAAGUGCACCACCCACUACACCGCCAGCACCAGCCGUAACCACCAUGACGCCAAUUGAGUCCUCAUCGUCUUCGUCGGAGGAAACCCUGGUAGAGGUCCGCGUGACAGUGGCACCACCCGAGAGCGACAGCCACAGCUUAGACAAGGUGCCAACUACAAUUAGGCCGCAACCACAGCCGGAGGCCCCAGAGCCAACAGCCGAGGCACAGCCACUGCCUGCACCCACCACACCGCCGGCUGGUGGCAUUUCUUCAGGCUCCACCUCGUCGUCCGAGGAAACUCACGGCAUCUACACUACUCUACCCCCAAUGCCGGCUCCCGCCGUCACCGCCUCCUCAUCAGCCGAAACCUCUUCGGAAUUGAUUACCUCCGAGGAAUAUACAACCGUGCGGCGCUUUGAUGUCAGCGGCAGUGACGCCGGCAGCGGCAUCGGCAGCGGCAGCGGUUCCAGUGAGGAGCCCACCACCACAAUGCGAACCACUGUAACUCAGCCGCCCAGCAUAACCAUUGCCGUUGAUUAUGCAUCAUCGAGCAGCUCCGAGUCGGUGGAGCAGCCCAUAGCCGCCACCACGCCCAGCAGCAUCUAUGUGCAUCACGUAACCACAUUUGAGACAAGCAUCUCGGUGGACUAUGCACCCACACCGACACCCUAUUUUCCGCCAGAGACCACGGUGAGCCCGACCAAGACGCCGCUCGAGGAGACAACGCGACAUUUGUGGACCGAGCUGCCCACCACAGCGGCGCCAUUCUUCACGGAUUAUCCAGCUGAGGUGCUCAUCACAACACAUCGCACCAGCGCUGGGCGAUUUACGACGGUGCAGCCACCCGUGCAGCAGGAGACCACCACAGCACCACUGGACUAUGAGCCGCCCAGCGUGGAGCUGACCACGGCACAAACUCCGCACAUUGUGGUUACCAUUCUGGAGAGCAAUGCAACGCUCCCAACCACAACACUAUUGCCACCAAUAACGACCCCACGUGAACCUCAACCACAAACGACUCAUGCAGCCACUGAAAUAUCAGCGGAAUAUGAGCCAGGCACCACACAGUUGCCACCGCCAGUAACUGUGCCCGCGCCUGUGGAGAUAACCACAUCCCAGGCUAUGACAACCGAAGACUUGGUGGGACCGCCUGCGCCGCCUUUGAUGACCGUCGAGUCGCCUCGCGAGACAACCACGUCCAGAACUGUGGUCACCCCGGCACCCACACCAUUGCCCACGGAACCACCAACUGUGGCCAGCUUGCCUGCAGUUACGGUGCCACCGACUCCGCCAUCCACACAGUCGGCACAGACGAUGCCACCACCCACACCGCCCAUAUAUGUCUACAGUACGCCCGGACAACCGGAGGUAGCGCCGCCGACCAAGUCUCAGGUAACCGAGAGCAGUGAGGAGACGGACGGUGCCAAUACGGUGGCCACCGGUGGUACUGGCAGUGGUGCUGGCAGUGGUGCUGGCGGCUCUGAAGGCAAAUCUGGCGAUGUCGACUGCAUCAAGCUCGGCUGCUACAACGGCGGCACUUGUGUAACCACAUCGGAGGGUUCCCGGUGCGUUUGCCGCUUUGACCGCCAGGGGCCGCUGUGUGAGCAGCCAAUUGUCAUACGGAAUGCCGCCUUCUCCGGCGACUCGUAUGUGUCGCAUCGCAUCUACAAGGACAUACCGCAGCACGAGGCCCUGGACGCAGUGCUGCCCAUGCACAUACAGCUGAAGGUGCGCACACGGGCCACCAAUGGACUGAUCAUGCUGGCCGCCGCACAGGGCACCAAGGGCGGCCACUAUAUGGCCCUAUUCCUGCAAAAGGGCCUCAUGCAGUUCCAGUUCUCGUGCGGAUUGCAAACGAUGCUGCUGAGCGAACUGGAAACGCCCGUGAACACGGGCCACGAAAUUACCAUUCGAGCUGAAUUGGACUUCAGCCGCAAUUACACGCACUGCAAUGCCUCGCUGCUCGUCAACGACACGUUGGCCAUGUCCGGGGAUCAGCCGACAUGGCUGAAACUGUUGCCGCCGCGACUGCACACGCCCGAGGUCAUAUUGAACACUUGGCUGCAUUUGGGCGGCGCACCCCAGGCGCCAAUUGGCCUCAUUAUCGAACUGCCGCCAGCUCAAAGCGGCACCGGCUUCACCGGCUGCCUACAUACACUGCGCAUCAAUGGACAGGCUCGCGAAAUCUUUGGCGACGCCCUGGAUGGCUUUGGCAUUACGGAAUGCGGCUCAUUGGCCUGCCUGUCGAGUCCGUGCCGCAAUGGCGCCGCCUGCAUCAAGAUUGAAUCGAACGAGCUGGACGAGAACGGUGACAAGGCUGAGAAAUGGAAAUGCAAAUGCCCCACCGGCUACAUGGGCCCCACCUGUGAGAUAUCCGUGUGCGAGGACAAUCCCUGUCAAUAUGGUGGCACCUGUGUCCAAUUUCCGGGCAGCGGCUACCUCUGCCUCUGUCCGCUGGGCAAGCACGGACAUUACUGCGAGCACAAUCUCGAGGUGGCAUUGCCCUCCUUCUCGGGCAGCGUCAAUGGGCUCUCCUCGUUUGUGGCCUACACGGUGCCCGUGCCCCUGGAGUAUUCGCUGGAGCUGAGCUUUAAGAUCCUGCCACAGACCAUGUCGCAGAUCUCACUGCUCGCCUUUCUGGGCCAGUCCGGCUAUCAUGACGAGAAGAGCGAUCAUCUGGCCGUCAGCUUCAUACAGGGCUACAUAAUGCUAACCUGGAAUCUGGGCGCUGGACCGCGACGCAUCUUCACACAGAAGCCCAUCGAUUUUCGGCUGGAUGCACCGCGUGUGCCCUACGAGAUCAAAGUGGGUCGCAUCGGUCGUCAGGCCUGGCUCUCGGUGGAUGGCAAGUUCAAUAUAACAGGCCGCUCGCCCGGCAGCGUCAGCCGCAUGGACGUCCUGCCCAUACUCUAUCUGGGCGGCCAUGAGAUUGCCAACUUCAAUACGCUGCCUCACGAUUUGCCGCUGCACUCGGGCUUCCAGGGCUGCAUCUACGACGUCCAGCUGAAGGCCGGCCAGGUGACGGUGCCGUUGCAGGAGACACGCGGUGUCCGCGGACGUGGUGUCGGACAAUGCGGCACGCGUGAGUGCCACAGGCACGCCUGCCAGCACGACGGAGCCUGCCUACAGCAUGGCGCCACCUUUACUUGCAUCUGCCAGGAGGGCUGGUAUGGACCGCUCUGUGCCCAGGCCACAAAUCCCUGCGACUCGUUCAAUAACAAAUGCUACGAGGAGGCAACUUGUGUGCCGCUGGUGAAUGGCUACGAAUGCGACUGUCCAGUGGGACGCACGGGCAAGAAUUGUGAGGAAGAAAUACGUUCACUUAGCGAUGUCUCACUGACCGGUCGCCGUUCGUAUCUGGCCGUGCGUUGGCCCUAUCUCUAUGAUGGCGGGGAUAAGCUGGGCGCCAAGCGCUCCCAAAUGGUCAGCUAUCGGAACUUUACCAAAAAGCUGCUGCCGCCCAAGCCCAUCUCGACGCCGAGCACACACUUUGUGAUGAAGCUGCUCAACGAGGUGGAGAAGCAGCGCAGCUUCUCCCCGGUGCCGCUGAUGGGCUCCAAGACGUUCGAGGAGCAUCAUCGUGUGCAGUUCUUUUUCAUCGAAUUCCAAUUACGCCCGCUCUCCGAGCGCGGUCUGCUCCUCUACUUUGGCACGCUGAACAACAAUCAGGAUAAGAAGAUUGGAUUCGUUUCGCUGUCGCUGCAAGGUGGCGUUGUCGAAUUCCGCAUUUCGGGGCCCAGCAACCACGUGACUGUGGUGCGGAGUGUGCGGAUGCUGGCCAUCGGCGAGUGGCACAAGAUCAAAAUGGCCCAGCGCGGUCGCUGGCUAACCCUGUGGGUGGAGGGCAGCGCCUCCUCGGCACUGGCUCCGUCCGCCGAGGUGCUGGUCGAGCCGGAUGCCCUGCUCUACAUUGGCGGCCUCAAGGAUCUCUCCAAGCUGCCGUACAAUGCCAUCUCCGGCUUCCCCAUACCCUUCCGUGGCUGUGUCCGCGGCCUCGUCGUCAGCGGCACUCGCAUUGUUCUCAACGAAACGAAUAUUGUGGAAUCGCGUAACAUUCGCGACUGCGAUGGCACCGCCUGCGGCGGCGAUUCCUGCGAAUCGGGCGGCCACUGCUGGCUGGAUGAGAAGCUGCAGCCGCAUUGCAUCUGUCCGGAUUAUGCCAAGGGCGAUCGUUGUGAAUACUCGGAAACGUGCAAGCUAAUACCCUGUAAAAACAAUGGACGCUGCUUGCGCAGUGGCCGCUGCUCCUGUCCCAAUGGCUGGGGCGGCUUCUACUGCGAGAUUGCACUGAGCAAACCAACAACACCGAGCUUCCGCGGCAACAGUUACCUGAUCUUGCCACCCCCUCGCAUACCAAUGAAAGACAAACGCCGCGGCCCUUCGCUCUAUGCACGUCCACCGCGCGAAGCCGUACAAAUAUCGCUGAACUUCUCGACCAUCGAACCCGAUGGCCUAUUGCUCUGGAGCGAACACAAUCAGCAGAAAUUCUUGGGCCUCGGCUUGGAGAACGGCCACCUGAAGCUGGCGAGCAAUUUGCUGGGCAGCAUCAAUGAUACCGUGCAGGCGGCAGCGAGCGGCUUUAUUGCCGAUGGCGCCUGGCAUGGUACGAGCGUGCUUCUGGAUCGCACACGACUCGAGCUGCAGCUGGAUGGAUCCGUGAUAUUCACAGAGCGAUUGCCCGAGCUCAAUAGAAGGCUAGCACCAACACCAACAACGACGUCGUUGCAGCGACGAGGCGGCAAGGAGCCAACGAUUAGCUAUGAGGAUAUUUUCUAUUUGGGUGGAUUUCCCAAUCAGGAAUCGGUUAGCAAACGGACACAAGGACGCUUUUACGAACCAUUCAAAGGCUGUCUACAGGAUAUACAAUUCGGUGCAGAGCCAACAGCCAUUAUAAGCGACUUCUCAGCAUAUCAAGGCGAGAAUAUUGGCUCAUGUGAUUUGCACGGUGAUGAGCCGAUCGUAGUAUAAAUCGACAGAUAAAUCAAAAAAUUGAAAUGAAAUGAAAAAGAAAUUAAUAUGGAUAAGAGAACAAAUUGUAUAACCAAACAUUCGUAUAUUAUUGUGAAUUACAAUUAAAUAAUUGUGGACGAAAUUUCAAGUAAAACUGAACACAAGAAAGGAAAAAUUGCAAAAAUUUAGAUGUUAAGCUUAAGUGUUAAGGGAGUUUAUAUUUGCAAAAGCCUCCUUUAAAAACAAAAACAAUUUUAAAACAUAUACAGUCGAGGCAAACGAAAAGAAACAUAAUUUUGUAAAUUUUAUAGAAAUAACUGAC